GUAUACGCGAACAACAUUCUUAGAACUUUUCGGAAACUAACUGGGGGACUCUAUACCCACUCGGACCCAACAUGGCAUGAUUUUUAUUUUUAUUAUUAUUAUUAUAUUAUCUUUUCAUAAAGCCGAAACCAAAGCUACAGCCAUGUUUAUUGCCAUUGAACCCAACCUCAACCGUGGAUAUUUAUGGUUAUUACACAGGAUAUAUCAGUUUCAACUUUCAAUAAGUCCGAUCCAGAUAAGAUGCACUAUUGACCGAACUAUCGGUCUGGCAUGGCAAAUUCUCGCCACGCUAAAAGCCCUUGUUGGAACUACAUGUACUCGUGUGUACUAAAAGUCAAAUUGGCCCGGGGGGCUUCUUGUGGGUGGAGCAAAGGAAAAGCCCGAAUCAGAGGCGCUAAACACUGCCGAAGACUCCGCUCCGGGCCACG